AAGAGGUGGGAGGGGGAGAGAAGGAAGUGGCGGCCCCGCGGCCGACGGGAGUGCGCUGAGGAUCGGGGUGGAGUGUUAAAAAGGGAGCGUGUCCAGCGAGACCCGUGGCCCAGAAGAAGGGAAGCGAGGCGACGCGAACCCCUGCCCCCCACCCAGAGGACAAGGGAGGAGGGCCGAGGGCCGGGGCCGCUAGCAGCUGCUAGGCGCUCUUCGGUGACGCGGCCGCCACGCGCAGACGCGCUGACGGGCCGCGGCCUCCACGUCUCAGGUUCCGCAAAGGCCUGUGGGAGCGACCCGGGAGAAGGAGGGCCAAGAUGGCGGAAGCGGCGGAGUCUCCCGGAGACCCAGGGACAGCAACGCCCAGGCCCCUGUUUGCAGGCCUUUCAGAUAUAUCUAUCUCACAAGACAUCCCUGUGGAAGGAGAAAUCACCAUUCCCAUGAGAUCUCGCAUUCGGGAAUUUGACAGCUCCACACUGAAUGAAUCUGUUCAGAAUACCAUUAUGCGUGAUCUAAAAGCUGUUGGGAAAAAAUUCAUGCAUGUUUUGUACCCAAGGAAAAGCAAUACUCUUUUGAGAGAUUGGGAUUUAUGGGGCCCUUUGAUCCUUUGUGUGACGCUUGCAUUAAUGCUUCAGAGAGGCUCUGUAGAUAGCGAAAAAGAUGGAGGGCCCCAGUUUGCAGAAGUGUUUGUCAUUGUCUGGUUUGGUGCAGUUACCAUCACCCUCAACUCAAAACUUCUUGGAGGAAACAUAUCUUUUUUUCAGAGCCUCUGUGUGCUGGGUUACUGUAUACUUCCCCUGACGGUGGCAAUGCUGGUUUGCCGGCUGGUACUUUUGACCGAGCCAGGACCAAUAAACUUCAUGGUCCGGCUUUUUGUGGUGAUCGUGAUGUUUGCCUGGUCUAUAGUAGAAGACCUGAGUAUCUGGAAGUUGUAACCCUCAACACAGCUUUCCCUGAUUUGCUGCAGAGGCACGUGGCUAAUUAUAGAAAGGAAGACUAGAAGGGAAGGGGACUCCAGCAAAGGAAACCCUGUUCCGGGAAUUGGAAGGUUUCACGCUUUAGAUGAAAUUCAAGCAUGUGAUGUGCAUUACUGCCAUCGUGGCUUAUCACUUGCUGCUCCUGCUUCUGAGAUUGAGACUCCGUUGUCAUAUUCUUUAGCAAUAGGAAAGGUGAAGACUGGAUUUAAUUGCUGUUCAGAUUAUAAAUACUCAAUUGAUGUGAACAUCUUUUUUGCAGUGUAGUCUUAAAAGUCAAUCAUUAAUCGUCAAGUCUUUUGCCUCUUAAGUGGUUUAUUACAUGAGUUGUAUCUUUUCAUUGUGGGGAUUUUCUUUUGGGCAAGGUGAGGGGGUCACAGGGCAUGGGGCUAGUAAGCAUUUUACUGUUUACUGUAUUUGUCUUUUUAUAAAGUGUCCCCCAAAAUGUGAUUAGAAGGCUGACAAGCCUAUAUUUGAAGGUUUAAUUGUGUACGUUAUAUAAUCUAAGUACUUACUGUAUUUGAACUUCCUGUUUAUUCCUGGAGAUGAAAAUGAAAAUCUCCCAUCAUUUCCAAUUCUUGGAUAACAUCAAGUCAUUGAAAUUUAUCUAAGGCCUAUCAUGAUAUGAUCAGACAUCCAUUGCAUGCAGUUGUUUUAUUCCAGAGUAAAAUACUGAAAUUGUGCUUCUUAAUUAAACUGUUCAUUUCUGAGACAAUUUGGAUAGAAAUAAAUGUGUGAAUGUUAAUGCAUAUAUGUAAAUUAGAAAUACUUUUUUAGAUUCAUGGGCUUUUAUUAAAAAUAAAGAAUUUCUAGGGAUUUACUUAGGUCAUAAGAUGGCUAAAUAAUAAUGUGACAAUAAUAUUACUACAAAUAAUAGCUAACAUUUAUUGGGCACUUACUGUGUGCCAGACACUACUCUAUUUUUUUAAGAAUUUUUUGUAACAGCUUUAUUGGGAUAUACUUUACCAUAAAAUUCACCCUUUUAAAGUAAUAUACAAUUCAGUGAUUUUUCAGUAUAUUCACAUAAUUGUGCAACUAUCACCACUGUCUCAUUUUAGAACAUUCCCAUCACUUCACAAAGAAACCCCAAAGCCAUUAGCAGUCAUCCUCUUUUUCCCUUUUCCCCAGCCCCUGGCAACCAUCAGUCUGCUUUCUGUCUCUGUGGAUUUGGCCAGGCACUAUUCUUAAGUGCUUUUUAUGCAUCUCCUCCAAUCUUCAACAUAAAGUGGUACAAUCCUCAUUUCACUGGUAGAAAAUUGAGGCACAGAAAGGUUAAGUAAAUUGUCCAAGGUUACACAGUGAAUUGAUAUUUAAAAUAGGAAAACACAUUAGCUGAGAUCAUAGUAGGACACAGUUUUGAAUUGCAUUGUUAUACGUAUGAAAUGAAUACACCUCCUCCCCAGGGUAUGUUCCCUGUUACUAGCCAUUACAACGUACAGCUCACUGGAGGUCAAUAACUCGUUUUUUUCUGAGUACUAGAAUACUAUAUUAGCAUCUGAGAAAGACACAGCGGUUAUACAUUGGGAAGAGUUAGGUUUGCUGCCCUCACUCCUCCUUGAGCCCCUUUUCUUUCCCCUCCUCCCACCACCAGACACAUACACCCCUCCCCUUUUUCUCAAAGUCUUAAGAAUCAAGCAGCUUCUGCCUCUUUCGUUUUAAUUCUCCCAGUGGGAUGGUUAACACAUCAAAAUUUAACGUGUCUAUUCAGGUGUUUAUAGUCAUGGGAUGCCACUGGUCACAUGUAGUACCAGCUAUGUUCCUAAGACCUCAGAGAGCAGUAGUGUGAAAAUAGAAUGCCUUUCUAUUUGGGUUAAACUAGGUGGGGUAAAGAAAUAACACAGUAAAUAAAGGCUUUGCCUUAAUGAAGUCAGUGUUCCAGCCUGGUAGGAAGUGGCUACACGCUGCUCUUGUUCACUCUGUUCUCUUUUAGAGCCUUUGUAUUCUGCACCAUCUCUGCUGGUAAUUUCUUGGUCCUCUUCGAUGCUCUGUUUUAAUCCUGAUUUUUCCUAUAAAUAAAGAACCUGUGAAAAGAAUAAAUCUGUAAAAUGAUUUGUGAAUAUUAAAUGUGCAAAUAAAAAACACUGGAAAAGGAGAAUUUGCACGUGCCUGUUCUUGUGCUGAAAGGCAUGGGGAUAUUUCCUGCAUACUGUUUUCAGAUAUAUUGUCAUCAGAAAAUAUUGAAUGCUGUGUAGGAUUGCACAGGUAGCAAGUUAGGAAGUCACAUUUACUGAGCAAAUAUUUACCAGAUGCUAUAAUAGCCGUUUUAUGAACAGUACUGCUCCCAGUGAAUUUAAGGUUCUUGCCUUGUCGCAAAAGAAUUCGGAGACAAGCAGGGAGUUAAGAAAGUAAAGUGAGGAUUUAUUUAAGCAAGAAUACGCUCUCAGAGGGAGAGCAGACAAAUGGGUGAGGAGCUGCUGCCCUGGGUUUCUCUGGCAAGCCGGUUAUGAGGGGCAUACAAAUAAAGGGGCAGAGUAUUCACUGGGGAAGGAGGGGUUUGGGGGUCGUAUUCCCUGAUUUUCAUCCCAGCUCUAUCUUCCUGAGGGGAGGAGGGAUUUCUCUUCUUAUUUGGCUUAGAUCAGAAGUAUCAUGGUGUCAGUGCAUGAUGGGUACUUCUCAUCUGUAAGGCUAAUUUUAUUGUAAUGAGAGCAUAAUGAGCAACAGGUCACAUUCGGACAUAGGAGAUUCCUGUCUUUCCCCACCUUUCUUUGUCUGCUUCCAGGACACUUAUCACCCAAAACGUGUGGUUUACUGUCAGUCUGGAGGUUCCUGCUUUCUUAACAUCUUUCUUGGGGUAUAAUUGCUCCACAUUGGUGUGUUAGUUUCUGCUGUACAACAGAGUGAAUCAGCUAUACAUAUACAUAUAUCCGCAUAUCUCCUCCCUCUUGCGUCUCCCUCCCACCCUCCCUAUCCCACCCCUCUAGGUGGUCAAAAAGCACCGAGCUGAUCUCCCUCUGCUAUGCGGCUGCUUCCCACUAGCUAGCUAUUUUACACUUGGUAGUAUUUAUAAGUCCAUGCCACUCUCUCACUUCGUCCCAGCUUACCCUUCCCCCUCCCCGUGUCCUCAAGUCCAUUCUCUACGUCUGCGUCUUUAUUCCUGUCCUGCCCCUAGAUUCUUCGGAACUAUUUUUUUUUGAUUCCAUAUAUAUGUGUUAGCAUACGGUAUUUGUUUUUCUCUUUCUGACAUACUUCACUCUGUAUGACAGACUCUAGGUCCAUCCAUCUCACUACAGACAACUCAAUUUUGUUUCUUUUUAUGGCUGAGUAAUCCAUUGUAUAUAUGUGCCACAUCUUCUUUAUCCAUUCAUCUGUUGAUGAACACUUUGAUUGCUUCCAUGUCCUGGCUAUUGUAAAUAGUGCUGCAAUGAACAUUGUGGUACAUGACUCUUUUUGAGUUAUGGUUUUCUCAGGGUAUAUGCCCAGUAGUGGGAUUGCUGGGUCAUAUGGUAUUUCUAUUUUUAGUUUUUUAAGGAACCUCCAUACUGUUCUCCAUAAUGGCUGUAUCAAUUUACAUUCCCACCAACAGUGCAAGAGGGUACCCUUUUCUCCACACCCUCUCCAGCAUUUGUUUGUAGAUUUUUUGAUGGUAGCCAUUCUGAGUGGUGUGAGGUGAUACCUCAUUGUAGUUUUGAUUUGCAUUUCUCUAAUGAUUAGUGAUGUUGAGCAUUCUUUCAUGUGUUUGUUGGCAAUCUGUAUAUCUUCUUUGGAGAAAUGUCUAUGUAGGUCUUUGCCCAUUUUGGGAUUGGGUUGUUUGUUUUUUUAAUAUUGAGCUGCAUGAGCUGCUUGUAAAUUUUGGAGUUUAAUCCUUUGUCAGUUGCUUCAUUUGCAAAUAUUUUCUUCCAUUCUGAGGGUUGUCUUUUGGUCUUGUUUAUGGUUUCCUUUGCUGUGCAAAAGCUUUUAAGUUUCAUUAAGUCCCAUUUGUUUAAUUUUAUUUUUAUUUCCACUUCUCUAGGAGGUGGGUCAAAAAGGAUCUUGCUGUGAUUUAUGUCAUAGAGUGUUCUGCCUAUGUUUUCCUCUAAGAGUUUGAUAGUGUCUGGCCUUACAUUUAGGUCUUUAAUCCAUUUUGAGUUUAUUUUUGUGUAUGAUGUUAGGGAGUAUUCUAAUUUCAUUCUUUUCCAUGUAGCUGUCCAGUUUUCCCAGCACCAAUUAUUGAAGAGGCUGUCUUUUCGCCAUUGUAUAUUCUUGUGGUGUCUGCCCAUGGACCCUCACUGUUUACAAGAUGUGUGAUUUCCUGCCAUCAGGCCCCUGCCUCCAUUUCUCUGCUCAUAUCUAGCUACUGCCUGCUGUAACAUUCCCCUCUCAAGGAGUCUGGGACCCUUAAAAUCUUUUAAGAGGCAGAGGGACCAACGGUCCAUCUUAUGUAACUGCUUCAAGCUGAGCAUGGGUGUUGUCCCUACCUGUGGGUCCAGAUCUCCUUACUAUCUGUCAGAGAUAGGGGUCUUGGGAUUGUUGACAGAGGUGGAGAGUGGGGAGUAGAAGGAGGCAACAACUUUGUCCAGCAGGUGUUGAUGGUCCCCUUUGUCAGGUGGGAUGGGUUGGAAUCCCUGGCGUAGCAUCAUUUGAAGCUGGAGUUGUUGCAUUCUUGGGUCUGUGAUGUUUCUUUGUCCUUUUUGAAUAAAAGCUUCAGGUCCUGUAGAGGCUUGAUCAUCCAUCUGGAUUUGUUGCAGGAAUGGGGACCCCUUCCAGGGCCUGAGAGUGGGCUCGUCUAACACUCGGAAGUGAAUUGUCCAAGGAGACACUGUGCUGACAAAGCAGGAGACUUUAUUGGGAAGGGGCACUUGGGUGGAGACCAGGAAGGUAAGGGAACCCAGGAGGACUGCUCUUCCACGUGGCUCACAGUCUCAGGUUUUAUGAUGGUGGGGUUAGUUUUCAGGUUGUCUCUGGCCAGUCAUUCUGACUCAGGGUCCUUCCUGGUGGCGCACACAUCAGUCAGCAAAGCUGAAUUCCAGCGAGGAGGAUUCUGGGAGGUUGGUAGGACAUAUGGACUGGUGUCUCCUUUUGACGUUUCCCGAAUUUUUCCUGUUGGUGGUGGCUUGUUAGUUCCAUGUUCCUUACCAGGACCUCCUGUCAUAAAAUAACUCAUGCAAAUGGUUAUUGUAGUGCUGGCCAGGGUGGGCGGUUUCAGUCAGUGUUUCCUCUAACAACUCCCACCUGAGACUUCAUACUCAAGAUACUUCUUGGGAAUCCGGGCGGAGGUCUGUUUCUUUUGUAACUACUUCCUGCUGAGAGUGGGCAUAGUCCUGCCUAGUAGAGUAGAAGUCUCUCUCCACCUGAUCUAAAUCGAGGUAUUCUGUGCCUGAAACCAGCAUUCACCCUUGUAGUAACAAUUUAGCUUGAAACUGUUGGACCCUGUUGGAGAUGAACCUUGUAAGCAGUUGAAACAGACAGGGGCCAAACAAGAGGCCUAACAGGAUGGUCAUCACCAGGCCCAGAAGAGGAAGGCAAAAUUUGGGAUGUGGACUGCAGGGUGUGUGACUUUCUUCUGAUUGGUUUGUGGCAUGGUAACUGGGUGGUGCUCCAGGAAUCUUGUGCUCAGCCUGAAGUUACCAUCCUCCACCUGAGUGGCAGCCCCAGUUCUGCAGAAGGACUCAAAGAUAUUGUUAUGCAUAUUCCUUGAGGAGGAACCAGGACCCUGCCCCAAGGCUGCACCACCAUUUGACUGCUCCUCCCGUUUCUGCAUCCCUUCCCUUCCCUGAUUAGAAACUGUUUGAAUCUGCCCUUUGGAACUCAGGGAAGGUCUAGGAGGCUGAAUGAAGUCUAUAUCCUACAAACAGGAAACAGGGGGCACAGAAAGGGUUUGUACUCUGGAGCCCCACAAAGUCCUGCUCAGUUUUAAUUCAGGGAACUGGGCAACAACGGCUCUGGCAUCUUCCUGUUAAAAUGAGGCAUAGUGCUGCCUCAGUUUGGAGAAUAGACACUGAAUUGGAAAUAUUUCUGAGUUCCAAGUCCUGGAUCUUAGUCUCGUAUGAUUAAAAUCUCAAUCCCUUGGUCUGCCAUUUUGGUGUAACAGACCAAAUUAAAAGUAGUUGGAGGAGUGACAACUGGAAUUUUAAUAGACAAAAUAAAUCUCAUUUCUUUUCAGGAGAAUAAGCCUGAAACCCAGUCUGGACCUGGCGCUUUGGGGAGCCUUGUAGCCAGGUGACCAGUUGUCUAGUUUUAUCUAAGUAGGUUUUAACUUUUAAUGUGGUAUUUAUACAUAGAUAGCAAGUGCUAUUGGUCAUCAUACAUGUUUAUUCUUUUUGUUAAUGUAUGAUCUAAAACAAUUUCAUUAUCUAAAAAUGUAAUAGUUACAAGAGGACACCUUUAAAAAGUAAGGUUGCAGUUGACAGCUGCCAGCACACAUUGUUUUGAGAUUGGCUGGUGUCAUCCAAGUCUGACACAGCUCAGAAAACUCAAGUUCUUAGCAAUACAAGGACUUGACUUGUCUGAAAUCACACCCAUAGUGUCACCUGGUUAUUUCCUUGGAUGUCUGAACCACAGCUACUCCAUUUUGACUUUCAGUUGCAUUUCUCUCCUUAAUGGCCAAAGCAGAUGUCACUGUUAAUGAUUUUAGUGCUUUUUUAGAUAUGAGAAGAUGCAAGAACUUGGGGUCAUAAAAGCUUCUCCUGAAAGUAUCUAACUAUCUGAAGACCUGUUCUGCCAGUUCUUCCCAGAGCACAGAGUGCCUCAUUCCUGAUCUCCUCCCUGAGCUCCUUUCAGGGGGUGUUGAAGGUCAGUGGCUGCCAUGCCCAUUGACCUAAUCCUUGCAGAGGCAGAUGGCAAGUGUCAAUUUUCAGUUGGCAGGGCCCCUUCAGGUUCAUAAAUUUGAUCAUGGUUUGGGGGGCAUUUCAUGACCAUUUCAUCCCAUGGUGCCAGGAAUGCUCAUUCCCAGGUCUGGCAAAGAUUUCACUGCUGGGUCACUCAAUGCGCUAUUCCUGGACUAAGCCUUAUUCACAGUAGCCAAAAGUCUCUGGACCACCUGUCUUACUAUUCUCUUACGGUCCAGGAAAAUAUUUGCUGUUGUUGCUUCUUCCCGUAUCUAGAGUUACAUCAUUACCAUCAUUGAUCUUACAUGAAACUAUAUAUCAUCAUUUUAUCAGAGGCUCAGUCACACAUUUGGUAAUGUAAGAAACAACAAUUUUGUAAAACAGGCAAUAUAAAAAACAAUAUAGCUAGCAGAUUAGUAAGGUCAUAAGUAAGAAUAUAUGUCAAGAACUUCCAUUAGGUGCAACCCAGUAUAUCCCAGGUCAUCUGACUUACUCUGUUCUGUACCGAUCCUUAUCGUUAAGGGAAAUUAUAUAUUGGCAUUGUCCAUAAGGCACCCAGCCCAGUUUCCUAGUGUUACUAGGCUGGUUAUCUCUAGUAUGGAUUUAAAUGUCCCCAGUAUAGAGGAGCCUUUAAUUAAAGGCUUAAAUUUAAAUUACUUAAAUUACCAUAGCCUGGUGUUAACUACAUAAAUCCAUCCCAUAAUUGUGGGAGGUAUUAUUCCUUGGCUGAAAUUUUGGUUGUUGCUCUGAUUGAGCCUGAGUAAUAGAGGAAAAUUCAUAUUUAUGGCCAGAGUCGGAGCAGGUAUUAUUAAUUGGCUAGGUGAGGGGAUCCCACCUAGUAAUAUCACUAGUGGCCUAAACAGGACUAUAAUUUCUUUCUUCUAGAAUACAUUUUCUAAGAGCCAACCAAUUAGAGCCAUCAAGUGGAGAAAUACACCAAGGUAACACAGAAGUACUAGACACAGGUAAUUGGCCACAAACCCAACAAUUGGAUUGAUUUUUUAAAACAAGCAUAGGAUCAUGCCCAUGAUGGGAAAAUAUUUGAUUCAUAUGCAAGGGUCCAAGAAGUCAAGAAAACAUUAUAAAUGAUCAUAUGAGUCAGGUCCAAGAUCUUGGGCAAGCUGUCUACUUCUGCUGUUGUCUUCUUCUCAUCCAGGUAUGAGUGUAGUUUCUCCUUUGUUUGAGCAUUGUUUUAAGGUGAUUUUGAGGUCAGCCACCCUCUCCAUAGGCCAGUCCAGUGCAGGGGCCCUUUGUGAGUGGAAAUUAAUCCAAGAGUCAAUUCCCGGGGGACCUUGAAGAUGGCGGAAGAGUAAGACGCGGAGAUCACCUUCCUCCCCACAGAUACACCAGAAAUACAUCUACACGUGGAACAACUCCUACAGAACACCUACUGAACGCUGGCAGAAAACCUCAGACCUCCCAAAAGGCAAGAAACUCCCCACGUACCUGGGUAGGGCAAAAGAAAAAACAGAGACAAAAGAAUAGGGACGGCACCUGCACCAGUGGGAGGGAGCUGUGAAGGAGGAAAAGUUUCCACACACUAGGAAGCCCCUUCGCGGGCGAAGACUGCGGGAGGCGGAGGGGGGAGCUUCGGAGCCACGGAGGAGUGCACAGCAACGGGUGCGGAGGGCAAAGUGGGGAGAUUCCCGCACAGACGAUCGGUGCCGACCGGCACUCACCAGCCCGAGAGGCUUGUCUGCUCACCCGCCGGGGCGGGCGGGGCUGCGAGCUGAGGCUCGGGUUUCGGUUUUGGACGGAGCGUAGGGAGAGGACUGGGGUUGGCGGCUUGAACAUAGCCUGAAGGGGUUAGUGCACCACGGCUAGCCGGGAGGGAGUCCGGGGAAAAGUCUGCACCUGCCGAAGAGACAAGAGACUUUUUCUUCCCUCUUUGUUUCCUGGUGCACGAGGAGAGGGGUUUAAGAGCACUGCUUAAAGGAACUCCAGAGACGGGCAUGAGCUGCGGCUAAAAGCGCGAACCCCAGAGACGGGCGGGAGCCGCGGCUAAAAGCACGGACCCCAGAGACGGGCGGGAGACGCUAAAGCUGCUGCUGCUGCCACCAAGGGGCCUGUGUGCGAGCACAGGUCACUCUCCACAACCCUCUUCCGCGGAGCCUGUGCAGCCCGCCACUGACAGGUUCCCGGGAUCCAGGGACAACUUCCCCGGGAGAAUGCAUGGCGGGCCUCAGGCUGGUGCAACGUCACGCUGGCCUCUGCCGCCGCAGGCUUGCCCCGCACUCCGUGCCCCUCCCUCCCCCCUGGCCUGAGUGCGCCAGAGCCCCCGAAUCAACGGAUCCUUUAACCCCGUCCUGUCUGAGCAAAAAACAGACGCCCUCAGGCGACCUACACGUAGAGGCAGGGCCAGAUCCAAAGCUGAGCCCCUGUGAGCUGUGAGAACAAAGAAGAGAAAGGGAAAUCUCUCCCAGCAGUCUCAGAAGCAGCGGAUUAGAGCUCCACAAUCAACUUGAUGUACCUGCAUCUGUAAAAUACAUGAAUAGACAACACAUCAUCCCAAAUUGAGAAGGUGGGCUUCGAGAGCAAGAGCUAUGAUUUUUUUCCCUUUUCCUCUUUUUGUGAAUGUGUAUGUGUAUGCUUCUGUGUGAGAUCUUGUCUGUAUAGUCUUGCUUCCACCAUUUGUCCUAGGGUUCUAUCCGUCCAUGUUUUUUUUAAAAAUUUUUUUCUUAAUAAUUAAUUUUAAUUUUAAUAACUUUAUUAUGCUUUACCUUCAUUCUUUCUUUCUUUCUUUCUUUCCUUCCUUCCUUCCCUCCUUUAGACAACGAAUCAUCCCAAAUUGAGGAGGUGGUCUCUGAGAGCAAGAUUUAUGAUUUUUCCCCCUUUACCUCUUUUUGUGAGGGUGUAUGUGUAUGCUUCUGUGUAAGCAUACACAUAGCUUUGCUUCCAACGUUUGUCCUAAGGUUCUAUCCAUCCCUUUUUUUUUCUAAAUAAGUAUUUUUUAAAUUCAAUAACUUUAUUAUACUUUAUUUUAUUUUUACUGUAUCUUCCUUCUUUCUGUCUUUUUUCCUUCUUUCCCUCCUUCCUUCCUUCCUCCCUCCCUCCCUCCCUCCUUUCUUUCCUUCUUGCCUUCUUUCAUUCUUUGCUUCUUUCUUUCUUUCUUCCUUCCUUCCUUCCUUCCCUCCUUUCCUUCUUUCUUUCCUCAUACUUCUACUAAUUCCCUCUACUUUUUCUCCCUUUUAUUCUGAGCCGUGUGGAUGAAAGGCUCUUGGUGCUCCAGCCAGGAGUCAGGGCUCUGCCUCUGAGGUAGGAGAGCCAACUUCAGGACACUGGUCAACAAGAGACCUCCCAGCUCCACAUAAUAUCAAACGGCGAAAAUCUCCCAGAGACCUCCAUCUUAACACCAGCACCCAGCUUCACUCAACGACCAGCAAGCUAUAGUGCAGGACAACCUAUGCCAAACAACUAGCAAAACAGGAACACAACCCCACCCAUUAGCAGAGAGGCUGCCUAAAAUCAUAAUAAGUCCACAGACAUCCCAAAACACACCACCAGACGUGAACCUGCCCACUAGAGACACAAGAUCCAGCCUCAUCCACCAGAACACAGGCACUAGUCCCCUCCACCAGGAAGCCUACACAACCCACUGAACCAACCUUAGCCACUGGAGACAGACAUCAAAAACAGCGGGAACUACGAACCUGCUGCCUGCAAAAAGGAGACCCCAAACGCAGUAAGAUAAGCAAAAUGAGAAGACAGAAAAACACACAGCAGAUAAAGGAGCAAGAUAAAAAUGCACCAGACCUAACAAAUGAAGAGGAAAUAGGCAGUCUACCUUAAACGGAAUUCAGUAUAAUGGUAGUAAGGAUGAUUCAAAAUCUUGGAAAUAGAAUGGACAAAAUGCAAGAAACAGUUAACAAGGACCUAGAAGAAAUAAAGAUGAAACAAGCAACGAUGAACAACACAAUAAAUGAAAUUAAAUGUACUCUAGAUGGGAUCAAUAGCAGAAUAACUGAGGCAGAAGAACGGAUAAGUGACCUGGAAGGUAAAAUAGUGGAAAUAACUACUGCAGAGCAGAAUAAAGAAAAAAGAAUGAAAAGAACUGAGGACAGUCUCAGAGACCUCUGGGACAACAUUAAACACACCAACAUUCGAAUUAUAGGGGUUCCAGAAGAAGAAGAGAAAAAGAAAGGGACUGAGAAAAUAUUUGAAGUGAUUAUAGUUGAAAACUCCCCUAAUAAGGGAAAGGAAAUAGUUAAUCAAGUCCAGGAAGCACAGAGAGUCCCAUACAGGAUAAAUCCAAGGAGAAAUACGCCAAGACACAUAUUAAUCAAGCUGUCCAAAAUUAAAUACAAAGGAAGCAUAUUAAAAGCAGCAAGGGAAAAACAACAAAUAACACACAAGGGAAUCACCAUAAGGUUAACAGCUGAUCUCUCAGCAGAAACCCUACAAGCCAGAAAGGAAUGGCAGGACAUACUGAAAGUGAUGAAGGAGAAAAACCUGCAACCAAGAUUACUCUACCCAGCAAGGAUCUCAUUCAGAUUUGAUGGAGAAAUUAAAACCUUUACAGACAAGCAAAAGCUGAGAGAGUUCAGCACCACCAAACCAGCUUUACAACAAAUGCUAAAGGAACUUCUCUAGGUAAGAAACACAAGAGAAGGAAAAGACCUAUAAUAACGAACCCAAAACAAUUUAGAAAAUGGGAAUAGGAACAUACAUAUCGAUAAUUACCUUAAAUGUAAAUGGAUUAAAUGCUCCCACCAAAAGACACAGAUUAGCUGAAUGGAUACAAAAACAAGACCCUUAUAUAUGCUGUCUACAAAAGACCCACUUCAGACCUAGAGACGCAUACAGACUGAAAGUAAGGGGGUGGAAAAAGAUAUUCCAUGCAAAUGGAAACCAAAAGAAAGCUGAAGUAGCAAUUCUCAUAUCAGACAAAAUAGACUUUAAAAUAAGGACUAUUAAAAGAGACAAAGAAGGACACUACAUAAUGAUCAAGAGAUCGAUCCAAGAAGAAGAUAUAACAAUUAUAAAUAUUUAUGUACCCAACAUAGGAGCACCUCAAUACAUAAGGCAAAUACUAACAGCCAUAAAAGGGGAAAUCAACAGUAACACAUUAAUAGUAGGUGACUUUAACACCCCACUUUCACCCAUGGACAGAGCAUCCAAAAUGAAAAUAAAUAAGGAAACAAAAGCUUUAAAUGAUACAUUAAACAAGAUGGACUUAAUUGAUAUUUAUACAACACUCCAUCCAAAAACAAGAGAAUACACAUUUUUCUCAAGUGCUCAUGGAACAUGCUCCAGAAUAGAUCAUAUCUUGGGUCACAAAUCAAGCCUUGGUAAAUUUAAGAAAAUUGAAAUUGUAUCAAGUAUCUUUUCUGACCACAACGCCAUGAGACUAGAUAUCAAUUACAGGAAAAGAUCUGUAAAAAAUACAAACACAUGGAGGCUAAACAAUACACUACUUAAUAAUGAAGUGAUCACUGAAGAAAUCAAAGAGGAAAUAACAAAAAUACCUAGAAACAAAUGACAAUGGAGACACAACAACCCAAAACCUAUGGGAUGCAGCAAAAGCAGUUCUAAGGGAGAAGUUUAUAGCAAUACAAGCCCACCUUAAGAAGCAGGAAACAUCUCCAAUAAACAACCUAACCUUGUAAUUAGAGAAAGAAGAACAAAAAAAACCCCAAAGCUAGCAGAAGGAACGAAAUCAUAAAUAUCAGAUCAGAAAUAAAUGAAAAAGAAAUGAAGGAAACAAUAGCAAAGAUCAAUAAAACUAAAAGCUGGUUCUUUGAGAAGAUAAACAAAAUAGAUAAAGCACUAGCCAGACUCAUCAAGAAAAAAAGGGAGAAGACUCAAAUCAAUAGAAUUAGGAAUGAAAAAGGAGAAGUAACAACUGACACUGCAGAAAUAAAAAAGAUCCUGAGAGAUUACUACAAGCAACUCUAUGCCAAUAAAAUGGACAAUCUGGAAGAAAUGGACAAAUUCUUAGAAAUGCACAACCUGCCAAGACUGAAUCAGGAAGAAAUUGAAAAUAUGAACAGACCAAACACAAGCACUGAAAUUGAAACUGUGAUUAAAAAUCUUCCAACA